AUGACCUUUCCGAAGGAAAUCGAAGCAGCAGAAGCUUGCAAAUGGCUUCGGGCAGCUGGCUUUCCCCAAUAUGCGCAGAUGUACGAAGACCUCCAAUUUCCCAUCGAUGUAUCGGGAGUGCAAAACGACCAUCCCUUCUUAGACGCAGACUCUCUUCAGUCCCUCUUCAGACGGUUGACAGCUCUGAACCGAUGUGCCAACAUGAAAUUGGAACACCAUCAUCAUCAGAAACGAUCCAACGAUUCUGACGAUGAGCAAUGUGCGCUUAGUGAUAAAUGGCAGUACGAGAGGAAGUCCAGACGAUGGUCGAGAGUGGUGGAGAUAACGCCACAAGCACAAAGGAGACUUCAGGUUAUUGCCGCUCGAGCACUAGCAGAAAGAGAAGCCAGAGAGGCGAGAGGAGAAAUAGAAGAUGACGAAGAUGAAACCCUUCCCACCAUCAGAGUUGGACUAGUGGACGCUGAUGGUCAUUAUACAGAUGUCGAGCCUGAUCUAUUAACAGUUCCCGGUCAGACGCACAUACAGUUACCAAGUGAUAAAGAAGAUGAAGAAGACACAGGCAGCAGAUUCAGACGAACAGGUUCAGAAAGAUUGCGGGACGGAGCGAAGGCUCUACUACGAAGGGUUGAGUCACUCAAAACGAGAAGAAGAAAACGUCAGAAUAGAACAGAAGUUAUCGUGUCGUCUCCGCAUUUUCUAGACGUUUCGGACAAAUAUCCCGACUUGAAUUAUAUAGACAUGACUCCUACUACUCCUUCAGCAUUUCCCUUCCCCGAUUUUCAUAGUUCUCCGCUACAUGCUCCUGCCAUUAGAACCCAGCCACCAUCCCCAAUGACAAUCAUGCCUCCAUCUCCUAUUGCUCCUCUCGAACAGUCCUUCAUCCUUCAUGCCCCGUUUGGAGACGAUAGCUCAAGUUACGCCUCAGAUGGCAGUAUGGGAUCAAGCAAUAAGAGUUCUAAGUCAAAAUUAGGUAGAGCAAAAAGGAUAUUCCAUAGAGGUUUGAAAAGUGAUGAUUCGAGUGCGCUGAGCGAUUCGGAGUGUCAGCCGGCGAGUUGGAGGCAUAAUUAUUAUAAGGAACAUAAUACACAUCAUACGACAGAGGUCUAUGUCGAACCACCAUCGCCGAUGGAUCUCAAACCGGACCCAGAAGUCCUUCGAGAAGUACAAAAAUCACCUGGACAUACGCCACACAGGAGACAAGCGAUAAGAACUAGUUCCCUAAAUUUGGGGAAAGAGGGUCAAAAAUUUCGCGACAGAAGUUUAAAGAGAGAUAAAUCAGCGUCUCGGAGUUCGGAGCUCGACAGCAGUCCUAAUUCAGCUGGCUCCAGGUCACACGAUGGCGAUCUCGAAGACGAUGAUGACAGCAUCGAUAUUAAAACCAAAAAAAAUAACAUUCAACGGUGGUAUUCGUUUAGAACGAACGCUCUUAAUGGAGGACCCAAAGCGAACAACACGUUACAACCGGCGCCUAAUCAAAAGAAUCCUGAAGCUUAUUUAUCGAGACCGAUGUCUUCCCUCUCCUGUGGCCAGCUGCAUAUAUUAAGGAAACUAGCAUUGCUGCGUCUCACGGCUUGCAUGGAGCGGUAUUGUCCGUCUCACAAGUCUGGUUGGAACUGGGAGCUUCCUAAGAUUAUAAGGAAGAUUAAGACGCCUGACUAUAAAGAUAAAACAGUCUUCGGUGUACCUCUUACAAUUUCCCUUCAAAGGACAGGGCACUCUUUACCAAAGCCAAUACAAUGUGCACUCAAUUGGUUGAAACAAAACGCUAUGGAUCAGAUGGGCAUUUUCCGUAAAGCAGGAGUUAAAUCUCGUAUCGCCAAGCUCCGAGCGAUGGUAGAGACUGCUGGUUCAGCCAACGCAGCAUUCGCUAUCGAGAACAUGAACACCAUUGACCCGACACAUUCCAGCCUCAAUUUCGAAGGGGCACAAGCUCACGAUGUAGCUGAUAUGGUGAAGCAGUACUUCAGAGAGCUACCCGACGCGCUUCUCACUAAUAAACUCAGCGAAACCUUUAUAGCUAUUUUUCAACAUGUUCCUGAACCUUUGAGGCCCGACGCAGUACAGUGCGCGCUACUAUUACUACCUGAAGAGCAUUUGGAAGCUUUGCAAUCUCUUCUUAUAUUUUUAGCUGAGGUGGCAGAACAUUCAGCAGUGAACCAAAUGACAGCUUCGAACUUAGCAGUUUGUUUUGCACCAACUCUGUUAAGGCUGCAUCAUGUUCCUCACACCGGUAGUACUAAGGAAGGAAACUCUAAUAGGAUGAUAAUAGAGAGCGUGGCAGACCAGCGUCAGAUCAGCGAGAGCCGCGCGGCACAUGCCUGUUUGCUGCUGCUGAUACAGAAACACCAGCAGCUGUUCCUGGCACCAGCUGAUAUGCUGGCCAGAUGCAAGUUUAACUACUUCGAGGAGAGUGUACCUGUUGCAUUAGAAGAACUAGGAGCAGAUUUCAAUCAAGACUGGAAAGGAUUUCAACAAGCAUGCAUUAAAGCAUUGUUAAAAGAAGCCAAAGAAAAGACUCGUGGUUGGAUGUCAGUAUCAGGGGCUGCUGCUCACGUGGAGUUAUGUUGCAAGAAGGUAGGCGAUGGACAUCCGCUGCGAUUGUGGAGGGCCACCACUGAUGUUGAGGCACCGCCGCAGGAGGUUAUGCAAAGGAUACUCCGCGAGCGGCAUAUAUGGGACGAUUCGUUAAUAAAAUGGAGGGUAGCUGAAAAGUUGGGGCCCACUGCAGAGGUUUUCCAGUACAUCACAGCUUCGAGUUUUAACUUACCACCGCGAGAUUAUUGCGUUCUGAGAUCAUGGCAACAAGGCGGUGGUGGUGGUGGUUGGUGCGCAGUUGCAGAAACAUCUGUAGCCCACGGCUCAGCCCCAACUGAGGGGUCACGGGGCGUCGUGCUAGCUUCUCGAUACCUAGCGCAGCCGGCUGGCAAGGGAAGAAGUAGGCUGGUACAUCUAGCGAGGGUUGAUACAAUGGGCAGAACGCCAGAAUGGUACAACAAGUGCUACGGCCACAUUUGCGCUCUUUACUUAGCACGUAUUCGCGCCUCCUUCAAACACAAUACAGAAGGCCCGGAGUCUAAUGUAUGA